AUGUCCCGCCGCAUAAUUGACAACAUUCACCAAUUUGCUUUCCUCCUUCCUUCCUUCCUCAAAUCAUGGCCACAGGAGCUGACGGUACGCUUAGAGGAGGAAUAGCACAAACACUGCUCUGCUACAGUGCCUUAUUCUUCGCUUUCUGGGUCUUUACCGAUUACUUCCUCCGCAAGCUCCGCCGCCUUCCGCCGAGCCCCUUCCCCACCCUCCCCGUCAUCGGCCACCUCCACCUUCUUAAAAAGCCCCUCCACCGGACGCUGGCCAACAUCUCCGCUCGCCACGGCCCUGUUCUGCUGCUCCAAUUCGGGUCCCGGCGGGUCCUCUCGGUGUCUUCCCCCUCGGCAGCCGAAGAAUGUUUAGCCAAGAACGACAUCGUCUUCGCCAACCGCCCGCAACUCCUGGCCGCAAAGCACUUGGGCAACAACUGCACCACCAUCUCGUGGGCCCCCUACGGCGACAACUGGCGGAACCUCCGCCGCAUCUCCGCCCUCGAAAUCUUUUCAGCCCACCGCCUCCAGACGCUCGCCGGCAUACGGGCCGACGAGGUGCUGCUGUUGCUCCAGCGGCUCCGCCGUAAUCCCCCGGAUCAGGCUGUAGACAUGAAGGCCCUGCUCUUUGAACUGAUGCUUAACGUGAUGAUGAGGAUGAUAGCCGGAAAGAGGUACUACGGCGAAAACGUGGCGGAGGUGGAGAAGGCAAGGCGGUUCCGGGAGAUCGUGGCUGAGACUUUCCGCAUCACCGGCGCGUCGAAUGUGGCAGAUUUCUUGCCGGCGUUGAGGUGGGUUGGAGUAAGAAGCUUGGAGAAGAGGCUGGUGGCGUUGAAGGCCAACAGAGAUGGGUUUAUGCAGGAAUUGAUAGAAGAGCAUAGAACAGGACUGGCCGCCGCCGGCGAGAGUGCCUCAGAGCCGGACGGAAAGAAGAAGAAGAAGACGAUGGUGGAGGUCUUGCUAUCACUGCAACAAUCGGAACCCAUUUAUUACACGGAUGAGAUGAUCCGAGGCAUGAUGAUUGUCCUACUAGCUGCGGGAACAGACACAUCAGCAGCGACAAUGGAGUGGGCACUGUCACUUCUCCUAAACAAUCCGCACGUCUUACACAAGGCGCAAUCCGAGAUCGACGCACGAGUCGGGCACGACCGUCUGAUCAACGAAUCGGACCUCUCAGAUCUACCGUACCUCCGCUGCAUCAUCAACGAGACAAUGAGGUUGUUCCCGGUUGGUCCGCUGUUGGUGCCCCACGAGUCGUCAGAGGAGUGCGUCGUGGGAGGCUAUCGCGUGCCACGUGGCACUAUGCUACUGGUCAACGUGUGGGCCAUACAGAAUGACCCGAAGACCUGGGCGGAGCCCAGGAAGUUCAUGCCGGAGAGAUUUGAGGGGCUGGACGGGUCGAGGGACGGGUUCAAGUUCAUGCCGUUCGGGUCGGGCAGAAGAGGGUGCCCUGGAGAAGGGUUGGCUCUGAAGAUGGUUGGUUUGGGGCUAGGAUCUUUGAUUCAGUGCUUCGAGUGGGAAAGGGAAAGUGAAGAAAUGGUGGACAUGAGUGAAGGGCCUGGGCUCACCAUGCCCAAGGCCCGCCCCUUGACGGCUAAGUGCAGGCCUCGUCCCGCAAUGGCCAGCCUCCUCUCAUAGUUUCUUUUCAGUGUCCUGGUAAACUUUUUUUUACGGAUAAUGAUGUUUUUAGCCAAAUAAUAAAUUGAUUUGGUGUAUGGACACGACUAAAAGUCUAUUUUAACUAUGUAAUAUAGAAGCUCUACCCAUUCUCGGGGAUUUUUGUGGGUUCUUAUAUAUAUAUAUCGAUGUGUUAGCUUUAA